UCUAGUCAGUGCUUCUUGGGCUUUGAAGCCCAUAAGUUGUGAACUUGGGUCGUCUUUGUUUGUAAAGCUUGGGCCUUUUCCUGGUCUCCGGUUUCAUCCUCUGUCACUCCAUCUCCGAACACUAAGUCUAAAACCCAGCAACACAGAGAGGGUUAAGGUCUUAAAGACUGAAGCUUUUCUCAUUUCUUUGUGUAAAGUUUGAACAUUUUUGCUGAAACCAUGGCUCUCCUACACUCAUGUUCACCUUUUCUUCAUACAAGCGUUUGCUUAUCUGUACUUUCCCGCCAGAAACACUGCCAGCCGCCGGUUUGGGCCGUCGGAGGUCAGACCAAGACGUGUGUAUUGGUUUGUAAAGCUGGUGGGGGAGUGAAGUUUGAUACCCAGAAAGAGAGUGAAGGAGAAGAUGGAGGGUUUGGUGAAGAUGGGUUUUCGAGUAGGAGUGGGUUUGUGGGGAGAGGAGAAGGGAAGGAGUUUGAUAGAGACCCUGAGUUUGCUGAAAUAAUGGGUGCUUGUCUUGAUGACCCACAAAAGGCUAGGUCCAAGAUGGAGGAGAGGUUGAGGAAGAAAAGGAACAAGAUAUUGCAUACAAAAUCUGGUUCAGGGGAACCCAUGAGAGUUGUAUUCAAUGACUUUAGUUUCUCAAAUUCAUACAUAUGGUUCGAGUUCUACAACACUCCAUUGGAACAAGAUGUUUCCUUAAUCUCGGAUACUGUUCGAUCAUGGCACAUCAUUGGACGCUUGGGUGGAUGCAAUUCCAUGAAUAUGCAAUUGUCACAAUCCCCUUUGGAUAAACGACCAAGUUAUGAUCCCAUUCAGGGAGCGAAUGUGACACCAACUACAUUUUACAAUAUUGGAGAUCUUGAGAUUCAAGACAACUUGGGACGUGUUUGGGUGGAUAUCGGUACUAAGGAGCCACUAAUACUGGAUGUUCUGAUAAAUGCAUUGACUCAGAUAAGCUCCGACUUUGUUGGGAUCAAGAAAGUGGUGUUUGGUGGAACUGAAUUUGAACACUGGAAGGAGAACUUGACGUCAGAAGAAGCAGGUUAUACUGUUCACAAGAUUUAGCCAAUUUGAUAUGCAACGAUCUUUAUACUAGCAGAAUCAUUUUGCUCUCAACAUCUGAUGAUUGAGGAACCAAGACCGAGUACCAAAUCAAUGAUAAUUUAGAAUCCUGUACUCCAUGUUCCGAUUGUUGUUGUAUAUGUACCAGCGCUUAAGAGAAAAGUGACCGAGAGGGAACACAAUUCAGUCCGG